AUGGCCCUCUCCGAUGCAAAAUACAGGUUCCUGUUCAUAGACGUCGGUGUAGGAGGUACUGGGGAUGGAGGAACCUGGCAGAAGUGCCACCUGGCCAGGGCCAUCACAUACAAUCGAGCAGGACUCCCACAAGUCAGAAAUCUGCCCAACGAUGACAAACCCAUCCCCUUCCGCAUAGUCGCCGAUGAUGCCUUCGCUCUCAAGUCAUGGAUGAUGAAGCCCUACUCCCACCAAUCACAAGAUCCCACCGAACGACUAUACAGCUACAGAUUAUCUUGCGCUUGUUGUGUGGUGGAAAACGCAUUCUGGCUGCUGCAAAUGAGAUGGAGAGUCUUCGGGACGACGAUACAACAGGAUGUACAGGUUUGA